AGCAAGAGAGAAGCCCUGAAGUGAUCCCGCCCCUCCUCUGAUCCUCCCUGCCCAGGAAUUUAGUGCCUUAGACAGCCCAAUCAGAGAGCAGCCCUGACUCAAGUUGCUCCUUCAUUCGGAGUCGGCAAGUAAUUGCAACUCCUCCAGCUCUGAACUGCACCAAUGGGGAAUACGGCCGAGGUUCCCCCUCUCCCAGGUGGCUGGCAAAGCACUCUGAAGCCAGACGGCAUGGCACAGAAGAGGGUUGCAGUUAUUGGAGCUGGCAUCUGUGGACUGAGCUCCAUUAAAUGCUGCUUGGACGAGGGGCUGGAGCCCACCUGCUUCGAGAGAAGCAGCGACAUUGGAGGGCUCUGGAGAUUUGAGGAGAAUCCCGAAGAGGGCAGGGCCAGCAUCUACAAAUCUGUCAUUAUCAACACUUCCAAGGAGAUGAUGUGCUUCAGUGACUUCCCCAUCCCAGCCAAUUUCCCCAACUACAUGCACAACUCCAAAAUCAUGGAGUAUUUCCGCAUGUAUGCCAACCAUUUCGACCUUCUGAAAUACAUUCGCUUCAAGACCAUCGUGGUCAGUGUGACAAAACACCCAGAUUUCUCCACCACAGGCCAGUGGGACAUUGUCACAGAGACAGCAGGGAAGCAGGAGUCAGCCAUCUUUGAUGGGGUCAUGGUUUGCACCGGCCAUCACACCAACGCCCAUCUGCCACUGGACUCCUUCCCAGGGAUCAAAAAGUUCAAAGGCCGCUACUUCCACAGCCGGGAUUACAAGACGCCCCAGGAGUUCUCGGGGAAGAGAGUCAUUGUGAUCGGCACUGGCAAUUCAGGAACAGACCUGGCAGUGGAGCUCAGCCACACCGCAGAUCAGGUUUUCCUUAGCACCAGGCGAGGUGCAUGGAUACUUGGUCGGAUUGGAGAAGAAGGGUACCCCAUAGACACAAUUUAUACCACUCGCUAUGUGGAAUUCCUCAGGCGCAUUGUGCCUCUAUCCCUGCUUAACUACUUUGCAGAGAAGAAACUGAAUGCAAAAUUCAACCAUGCAAUCUAUGGUCUGCAGCCUGCACACAGGCUUUUGAGCCAGCACCCAACCAUCAACGACGACCUGCCAAACUGCAUCAUCUCGGGCAAGGUGCUGGUAAAAUCAAACAUCAGGGCGUUCACUGAAACCAGCGCCAUCUUUGAAGAUGGCACCAGAGAGGAGGACAUUGAUGUGGUUGUCUUCGCUACAGGAUACAGCUUCUCUUUCCCCUUCCUUGGGGACUGUGCCAAAGUGAUCAAAAACCAGGUCUCCCUGUAUAAAUUUGUCUUCCCUCCUCAGCUGGAGAAACCAACUCUGGCUUUCAUUGGCCUCAUCCAGCCACUGGGGGCCAUCAUGCCCAUUGCUGAACUCCAGGGUCGCUGGGCAACACGUGUGUUCACAGGGCUGAACAGAUUGCCUUCAGCAAGCAACAUGAUGGCCGAUAUUGCACAGAAGAGAGAGGAAAUGGCAAAACAGUAUGUGAAAAGCCAGCGCUAUACCAUCCAGGCAAAUUACAUCCCAUACAUGGAUGAAGUGGCCUGUCUGGCAGGGGUCAAGCCCAAACUCCCGUCUCUCUUCCUCAUGGAUCCAAAGCUUGCCGUGGAGGUUUUCUUUGGCCCCUGCACGCCGUACCAGUACCGCCUGAGAGGGCCAGGGAAGUGGGAUGGAGCCAGGAAAGCCAUCCUGACCCAGAGAGAACGGAUCAUUAAACCUCUGAAAACUAGAGUCCUAGAUGAUUAUACAGGUGCCUUGGUGCCUUACUACCUUCAGAUUUUUCUCAUUGUUGCUUUAAUUGCUGUAACUUUUGUUUAUUUUCCUUGGUCCUUUUUUCCCCUCUGACAAGUGUCAUUUUUCAAGCUGUGAGACCAGUUCAUGGUUUCGCUUCUUUCCUUUGCAUUCAUAUGGGCUGACUGGACUAUAGUGGGCACCUCUGUUGUCAGCUACCUCAACAAGGUGAGAGCCUGUCUUCUAUGUAGUGCAGGCCUGCACAACUCGUAAAGCGGCGAGGGCCACAUUACUCCAAAGGAAACAGCUGAGGGCCGAAACCCCCCAGCCCUGCAGAAACACCUCCCCACCCCCAGGACCUCCCGGCCUGGCGGAAACACCCCGGCCCAGCACCACCCAGCCCUGCAGAAACAAACCCUCCUUCCCCAGCACCACCCCACCAAAACAGCUGUGGGCCAAAAAGGAAGGUUGGAGGUGGGGAGGUGAUACUUGAUUUUAAAUCAGCCAGAGGCUCCCAGCUGAAGAAGUGGCUGGGAGCCCUCAGGGUCAACUUAAAGGGCCUGGGGCUCCAGCGACUGGGGGAACCCGGAGCUUUGCGGGGCUGGGGAAGGGAUUUAAAGGGCUCAGAGCUCCUGCUGCUGAGGGGAGCCCGAGCCCUUGAAAUCCCAGCCCCAGCCCAUCCGCUGGAGCCGCGGCCGGGAUUCAAAGGGCUCUGGGCUGCCUGCAGCCGCGGGGAGCCCUGAGCCCUUUAAAUCUCAGCUGCGGCCGAGAUUCAAAGGGCUCUGGACUGCC